AUUGAUUGCUCUUUCUGAGUAAUGAUGGAACACAGCUCGACGAGGAGCUCGUGCCCGCAAAAAGUUUGAAACGGGGAAAAGGUUUUAUUUAAAAAAUAUGUCAUGUGUUGGUUAAUGGCUGUUGGUCCCGUGGAUAAUGAGAGUUUCAACCACACUCCAAAACAACAACUGGCAAGCUUAUUUUGUAAACUGUACGCGUUAUUGAACAGCAAUCCGCUGAUGAUCAUAGGGCUGAUCUUUGACAUUUUGGAAAAUAACAAGAGCAGCAACGACUCUCCUGUGGUCUAGUAGAAUGUCCGGUAGUCAACCCAAAAUCACCAAUUUCUUUCUUUGUCAAAAUAACGCGGCCGCAAACAAAGCCCCAUUAACAGUCGCCGAGUCCCCAACUAAACCGGCACCGCGUAGGAGCAAGUUAUCGCUCAAACAUAAAAAUGUGGCGGCGAUUUCGAAUGAUCGGGGCAAGCGACUCAAACCCGAUCCAGCGCGUUGUUCGAACGGCUCAGAUUUGAAGGAAAGAGCUCCGCAAGACGCCUGCCAAGCGUCGGCAAGUGCCGAAAGCGUCCCAGAAUGCUGCACCUCCCAAGUUUUGCGCGGUGGUACCAGCGGUACAGAAAAGUCCCCUGUUGUAGGUGCAGAUUCUUCAGAGACCACCGUUUUAGAAACCGAUUCUGCAGAGCGCGCCGCUACCGAGCCCAGAGUGCCCUACUAUCUCGAAAACUUAGUGUUGAUCGUCAACAGUGUGAUGAACAGCGACGAUUGGCGUCUGUUCAGCGACGAAGAGAAGCAAAUGUUCGCCACAUUCCUGGAUGCGGAUGAGAAGUGCCAGAAGCUGCUUGCUCGGCUAUUGCAGCGGAAACACAUCUGGAGGAAAGCUUCCAAAAUCACUUACCCCGACAUAGCCGAAAAUCUCGAGUCUGUUCUUCUUGCACUUCAGGAAAAGGGAUACUUGGAAGAUGUGGCACAUCUCAAUGACCUGGCCACUACCAUGAGCCUGCUAUCUCCGAUGGAAACCAAAAGCCUAGCACAGAUGUUCCGGCUGAAGACCUCGGGACGAGGCAAGGGCAAUCUUGCCGAGUCACUUUUGGAGCACUGCAGCAAGCAGCAGUCGGUGUUGGCCGGGUCGCCACGGAACACACUGGAGCAGCUGGCGCUAAAAAAAGCUCUGAGUCUUCUAGGAGCCGCCUGGCGGCUACGUGACGAACCACGAGACGCUUGGCGCCGUUUGCUCCGCCUCUUCUCCCUCGGAACACCGUGGGAUGGUGAAGAAGCGGGUGAAACGCCUCAGGUGUAUGGCCUUCAGCUGGUCUCAGCCGGAAAGAUGGCCUUUCCGGAAUACCAGGUCUGGCGGAAGGAUAUCCUCUUCGCAGAGCGGGAAGACUUGAUCAGGUAUGAGACAGCUAGGGUUCUUGAAAGCCAGCUGAUGCAGGCAGCACUGGACAAAAAAUGGGCCAAGGCCAGGGAGCUCCUGGACAAUGUGGAGGCGCUAGCGCGCACCCCAGACUCUGUGCAGUGUGGAAAGAGAGACCAGGCCCUGCCACCCUUCCUACGGCGCUUCACAACCACCGGUGUUUACACCCGGUGUCGGUGCCUCGGAGUCGACGUGCUGCAACGGCUCAAGGAACACCGGCGCGCCGUGCGACUCUUGCGCGCUCUGCUCGGACAAACGCACUUCUGCCUGAGCCGUCGUGGUCAUUGGUGGGACCGGCUGGCUCUCAACCUGGACGUUCACCUGGGCAAGCCAGGUGAGGCCAUGGAUGCCAUCAAGGAAGCUCUGGGGGAGAGCGGCAUCAGUCCAGCCUCGCGCCAUGCCCUGCUGACCAGAGCAGCCAGGCUGGCGGUCAAACUGCCAGAGCAUCCGUCGGCCUCUGCGCUACGGGAUUUUGUGCCGUCCGACGUCACAGCCACGCCAGAGGUCACAAUACAGGGACAGUUAGCGGAGCGGAUGGUACCUGGACGCACCAACAUGUUUGCGGUGAGGGAAUCGGACGGCGCCCUCCGAGUGAUCCCUGUGGAGGAAGUAGCCCUGCGGCACUACAGCGAGAAAGGCUACCCUCAGGGGAUCCACGGGGAAGGAUCCACAUUCCACGCCCUCUUUGGGAUCCUGUGCUGGGACGCCAUCUAUGCGGACGGUGUGCCCGACGCGUUCCGGUCACCCUACCAGGCUUUUCCGAUGGACCUCCAUUCCGACGGAUUCUUCACAAGCAGGGAACAGCGUUUUCUCAAGGUCUUUGAGAACAUCCGCACAAGCAGCGUUGAGGAACUAGCAGAGCAGGUGGCCUCAACCUAUGACAGCCACAGCGGCCAGGCAGGAUUGGUGCAGUGGGAGCGCUUUAGUUCUGUCCAGAUACAGGAACUGGUGCGCUGCUUCGGACCAGAGGUUCUCUGGCGGCUGUGCGACCUGUUGGCACGGAACUUCCGCCACAGACGGAGCGGCCUGCCAGACCUCGUCGUCUGGAAUCCCGUCGACGGACACCUCAAGGCCGCGGAAGUCAAGGGUCCGGGAGACACGCUGUCCGCCAAGCAGGUCGUCUGGUUGCGGGAGCUGCUGGCGCUAGGCAUCGACUGCGAAGUGUGCCACGUGACAGCUACAAGCUCCAAAAGGCUGCGGAAACAGGAAAACUUCAUUACGGACAAGGACACCACAACAAAGAAAUAACAGUCCGACCGGUUAAAUCUAGGACCUAUCUCCAAAAUAAGAAGCUAUUUUUCUCGUUUAUUAUUAAAACCUGUGAUGUUUCCACUAA